GGGUGCGCCACGCCGUUCACCGACGCAGGGCAAGGCAAGUUCAACGCCAGCUACGUGAAGAUCUUGUACUGCAAGUUCUGGCAGCUCGAGGGGUGCAUCCACACAGCCCUCAACCCCACGGUCGACACGACGGCGGAAGCACGGGCCAUUACUCUAGACGGUGGAGCGGUUGCGGCGGAGCAGGUGAUUGCGGCAGCAGGGCUCUUCGGCCAGUGGGCAGCGCGGGAGCUGGGCGCCAUCGCGGAGGAACAGGCGCGCGAGGAAGUGGAAGAUUUGGUCGCGCGCGGGGGCAAUGCCGAGACGUCGAGGUUCAGGCCGCCGAGGCGACCCUCGGCCAGGCUAGCAGCGCUGGGACUGGUACUGCGGCUGUCGGACUCAUCGGAGAUUACCCUUAAUUUGCUAGCGACGGAGCUGCUGACGGCGGCUCAGAACGCGCGGCGCCCGCAGGAUUGGACUUGGAGGCCGAUGGACUUGUGCUGCUGGUUGCUCCUGUUGAGCCAGGUGGAGAUGGCGGCGGCAACUUGCAACGCGCACCGGGCUUACCCGAUGGCUGGCCUCUCCGAGGGCAACUGCCGCGCCCGCAAUUUCUGGGGGCAGGUCAACGACGGGCCUGAGGCAAUCUUGCGCAAGUUACUGGAUGACAACGAGCUCUACUUGUCAUCGUCGUUCUUCGAGCAUGAAGGCGGCCAUGCACACGUUGCCACUGCAGAGACGAUGUCAAGACUUGAUCGCGUCAUCACGAACGUUGUGCUUCACGAGGCUACGCAGGCUUACUGGAUUGACUACGAGUCCGACUCUCGCUUCGACAGCGAAGAUCACUUCCCAGUGUACUCGAAGUUGCAGUAUGCUAGCUCGAAGGCACGCAGCGCGGCCCCUGCGGGGCAGCUUUCGGCGACCACUCUGAUCUCCUACGCAGGCAACGCGCGCUUGAAUUACGUGAUCGACCAGGGGCUCGCGAGCCUGCUCGAACGAUCGUUGGCCCUGCUGCGCUGCUGCGAGAUCCGUGCCCUCGGGCAGUUCGUGACGUGCCUGUGGAUCCUCUCCAGCCUGGUCUCAGAUCCGUGGCCCUUCGCGGAGCCCCGAGCGCUCCCAGGAGCCCGCGCGGGCCUCCCGACCGCGCCCACGGAUG